AUGCCCUUCUGCACCGUCUCCCCCAGUAGAAGGCAUGGUCCACCAGCUAUAUGGGCUCAUUUGGACCCUAUUCUUCAUUUCCUGAAAAAGGACCACGCUGAUGUCCAAAACCUUCACUUUUUUAGUGAUGGCCCUGCCACCCAAUACAAAAACCGCUCAAACUUUUACAUCAUAUCCACGGAGCCUCAUUCCAUGUCACUCUCGACAGUGACAUGGAACUUCUUCGAGGCAUCCCAUGGGAAGGGUUCACCAGAUGGAGUGGGGGCUGCACUGAAGAGAACAGCUGACACAUUAGUUCGUCAAGGAAAAGAUAUCCCUGAUGCACACAGCUUCUUCCACCUGCUGAAGGACACGAGCAAGGUGCAACUCUACUAUGUGAGUGAGGAAGAAGUUGAGAAGAAGGAUGAAGGUUUAAGACAAGUGCCUCUGUUCACCAUUAAAGGCACCAUGAAAAUGCAUGAGGUCCUCAGCGUUUCUCCCAGCAUUCUCAAAUAUAGGGACAUAAGCUGUUUCUGCCAGGCUGCAGACGGGGUGUUUGAUUGUCCAUGCCACAGCCUAGAGGAGGUUACUCUUGUAGAUAUGGAUGCAAUUGAUCAAACAGGCAAAGAUUUCAGACCCAGUGUCAUCGAACAGCAUCACAGCGGGCAGUGGUGUGUUGUGCAAUAUGAUGAUGAUCCCUACCCUGGCAUCAUCUUGCAGGUGGAGGAAAACAAUGUGAAAGUCAAAUGCAUGCACCGGAACGGAGUGAAUACAUUUUUCUGGCCCACCCUCAGAGAUGAUGUUAACUGGUACGGUGAUGACCAGAUCAUAUGCCUGAUUUCAGAGCCCCAGGCACUGAAUAAGCGUUCAGUUCAAAUUGAUAAGCGAUUCUGGGAGUUCAUUAUGGGGCAGUUGGAGUUGAUUGGAGAUAAUGAAGCGAAAGAAGAAUUGAGUGAAUCUGAGGAGAAAAAUCAUGCCAGAAGUGGAGAAAAACCCAAACAGAAAGAUUUAAAGAGAAAAGGGGCCAUGAAAUCUUUCAGCUGCACUCAGUGUGGAAAGAGUUUCACACGCAAAUAUAAUCUUGAUGUUCACAUGAGAGUUCAUACUGGAGAGAAACCAUUCACUUGUGAUCAGUGCGGGAAGAGUUUCACACUAUCAUCAACCCUUAAGGAUCACAUGAACAUCCACACUGGAGAGAAACUGCACACAUGUGAUCAAUGCGGGAAAACAUUUUUGAGAGCUUCACACCUUAAAAAACACCUGAGAGUUCAUACAAAGGAGAAGCCACAUUCAUGUCUUUUGUGUGAAAAGAGUUUUUCGUGUCCAGAACAUCUAAAAGUGCAUCAGAAAAUACAUACUGAUGUGAGAGACUACAUGUGCUUUGAGUGUGAAAAGACUUUUACUACAGCGAGCCGUUUAAAACAGCAUGAGAGGAUUCACACUGGAGAGAAACCAUUCACUUGUGAUCAGUGCGGGAAGAGUUUCAGACAAUCAUCAAGCCUUAAGGAGCACAUGAACAUCCACACUAGAGAGAAACUGUACACAUGUGAUCAAUGCGGGAAGAGUUUCAGACACUCAUCAAGCCUAAAGAAACACAUGAACAUCCACACUAGAGAGAAGCUUUACACAUGUGAUCAAUGCGGCAAAACAUUUUUGAGAGCUUCAGACCUGAAGAAUCACCUGAGAGUUCAUAUAAAGGAGAAGCCACAUUCAUGUAAUUUGUGUGGAAAGAGUUUUUCACAUCUACAAAGUUUGAAAUUACAUCAGAAAAUACAUACUGGUGUGGGAGAAUACAUGUGCUUUGAGUGUGAGAAGACUUUUACUACAGCAAGCUGUUUAAAACUGCAUGAGAGGAUUCACACUGGAGAGAAACCUUACAAGUGUUCACACUGUGGCAAGAGAUUCAAUCAGUCAGGAUCCCUGAAAAAACACGAGAGGAUCCACACUGGAGAGAAACCGUAUCACUGCACUGCAUGUGGGAAGCGUUUCACUUGUUCAUAUUCUCUACACAGUCAUAUAAAAAACAAUCACAGUAAGUAGAUCAUCUUCAGAUCCAGCACUUUCAGGUCUGAUGCUGCUUCCUCACCAAAUGUGACACAAUAAUGCAUCAAGCAGUGAAAUAAAAUAUCAUCUGGAUAAAUUUGUCAUUACAAGCGACAUGACAAAGAAACAUUAUCUAAAGUUUUCACAGUGAAUAAAGUUCAUCUUCAUCUUCAAAACCAGCAGAUUCAAUUCAGAUUCAGAUAAACUCGAAGAUGAAGUUCCUCUUCAAAGAACAAUGGCAAAAGUUGGGAUCACGUGACCCUUCGACGGCGAUGCAAGCUUAGUCUUUCGCUCUGCUCACUAUGCCACAUAUUAUACGAUCCUGUCAGUAAAAUUUGAACCA